UGCCGCUCUCCCAUUGGCCCCUCGCCUCUCCACCAAUCACAUGCCAUUUUCAACUUCCUAUAUUGCUAACAUGUGUCACUCGUAUCCUACACCAACUUUACUUUUGUUCCUCUUCAGUAUACACGAUAUAUCACCCCCACUUUGCUUUUCCACAUUUCCAAUCGCAGAUGCUUACCAAAGUUAGGUCAUAGUUUCAGAUCCAUGCGCGCCUGCCCGCCUAGAUCCACCGAUCUCUACCGGAUAAUGCUCAGAUUCCGCCCGAUCGCGCCUAAACCCGUCGGCGACGAUGCCGGCUCCGGCACGGCGGAGCAGAAUCGGAGAGAUCUCACCGGAAAGAGAGUCAAGAGGAAGUAUGUUCGGAUUCGUGCUCGGAAAAGCAAGCGCCGGCCGAAGAGUAAGGGUUUGGACGGAGGAAACCUACCGUCGCCGCCGGAGAGGUCCGGUGUCGACGACGCGCCGCCGCCUGAGGAUAAAACGUUGACGCUCCAGCUUCUCGGUGAGAGAUCUGAAGGUGAGAGGGAGAUCUGUGAAAUUAGAGCUCCGGAGAGUAAGGGGAUGAGGUUGAGAGAUGAGGAUCGGUGUAGCGUUGCUACGGCGGCGGAUCUGAGAGGUUACGGAUCUGUGAUGGUGACGUGGAUAGUCAUGGAAGGCGUGACGGACAAGUUUGCAGGGGUAGGGUUAGGGUCUUCGGAUAAGGAAAAGAUGUAUAACCUGGAGAGGGAUACGUGUCCUGGUUUCAUAUCGGACCACAGAAAUAACGUGAUCUGGGUGAACUCUGCGUAUAAGAGGAUGGUGGCGGAGGAGAAGGGUUUUUUGGUUUGGUUGGUGGUAAAGGAAGAGUUGCCCCAAUUUUGCCCCUCGUUUGCAUGCAGAGUUAGGGUCACUCAGCAGAACGCACAGUGGCAAAAGUGGAAUAAAAUAGUGCCGUGUGAUGUUUGGAAAAUGGAAUUUGCUGGAUUUGCAUGGAAAUUGGACGUCAAUACCGCCCUCAGUUUAGGUUUCUAGUGUGAGAUUCAUUUCGGAACAAUAUUUCCAGGCGAUUGACGGUGGAUUUAGUUGAUAGAAGAAGAGCCAUGCCCAAGAUGCAAUGUUGCAAGAGUAAGUUGUAAAUAAACCUUUAUUCUGGUGAAGCAGUGUGUAUCUAAAAUACACACAAAGGUUUCUAAUGUAUAAUACUUUGUAUUAUCAUUUGAAAGAAUUAUAUGAUGACAAGUUAAGUAAAACGCAGUGCGCGACAAAGACUUGAAAUGAGCUGUAUUCUAGUGUCAGUGAAAUGCCAAAUCGGCCCAUUUCACCUUAUCACUUACAACACCAUCUUUCUUCAUUUUCUCAUUAGCCAA